AUCUCAUCAAUUAUCAUCUAUUCAGGGCUAAGCUAUGGGAUGUGCUACUUCUCUUCCAGAUAGGAACUCUGGAGCUUUAAGUGGUCUUAGCAAUUCAGAGAAUGCUGUUCCAGCUGAUGCUAAAAAUCUACGUGUGAAGUUAGUUCUAUUAGGAGAUUCUGGUGUUGGUAAAAGCUGUAUUGUCCUUCGAUUUGUCCGUGGUCAGUUUGACGCUACAUCUAAGGUAACUGUUGGAGCCUCGUUCUUGUCCCAAACAAUAGCAUUGCAAGACUCUACCACAGUGAAGUUUGAAAUAUGGGAUACAGCAGGACAAGAGAGGUAUUCUGCUCUUGCACCACUAUACUACCGUGGAGCCGGAGUUGCUGUUAUUGUGUACGAUAUAACAAGUCCUGAAUCGUUCAAGAAAGCUCAGUAUUGGGUUAAGGAACUGCAAAAGCAUGGAAGCCCAGAUAUUGUUAUGGCUUUGGUUGGUAACAAAGCUGAUCUACAUGAGAAAAGAGAAGUACCAACCGAGGAUGGGAUAGAGCUUGCAGAGAAGAACGGAAUGUUCUUUAUUGAGACGUCAGCCAAGACAGCCGAUAACAUAAAUCAACUGUUUGAGGAGCUAAUGAGUCGACUCGUUGACUCCGUCAAAGAAAUAUCUGGGUUUUCAUCUUCAAGGGGUUUCAUCGGGAAGAUCCAAGGCGAUCUUGUUCGUAGGAUCACGCUUCUUAGCCCUUUCUUUGAGGAAUUGAUAGACGUUAAUGUUGAAUUGAAGGAAGAUCAAAUUGCAGGGUUUGAGGUUAUGAGAAUCGCUCUUGAUUCAAGUCUUGAGCUUUUUCGAUCGGUUAAUGGAGGCAGCAAGCUUUUUCAGAUUUUCGAUAGAGAUUCUCUUGUGCAGAAGUUCCACGACAUGACAGUGGAGAUAGAAGCAGCAUUAAGUCAGAUACCUUAUGAUAAGAUUGAAGUAUCAGAGGAAGUCAGAGAACAGGUUCAGCUUCUACAUUUUCAGUUUAAGAGAGCAAAAGAAAGACGGGAGGAAUCUGAUCUACAGCUUAGCCAUGAUCUCGCCAUGGCAGAGGAUGUAAUGGAUCCUGACCCUAAUAUCCUCAAAAGACUUUCACAAGAGCUCCAACUUAGUACCAUUGAUGAACUGAAGAAAGAAUCACAUGCAAUACAUGAAUAUUUUCUUUCAUAUGAUGGGGAUCCUGAUGACUGUUUCGAGAGGAUGUCCUCACUUCUUAAAAAGCUGGUAGACUUUGUAACAAUGGAAAGUUCAGACCCCGAUCCAUCCACUGGCAACCGAAUCAUUUCGAGACAUCGUUCUCCUGUUAUACCAGAGUAUUUUCGGUGUCCGAUAUCACUUGAACUGAUGAAAGAUCCUGUUAUCGUCUCCACUGGACAGACAUAUGAAAGAUCAUCAAUUCAGAAGUGGCUUGAUGCUGGUCAUAAAACCUGUCCGAAAUCUCAGGAGACACUUUUACAUGCUGGAUUAACCCCUAAUUACGUGUUAAAGAGUCUCAUUGCUCUGUGGUGUGAAAGCAACGGCAUUGAGCUACCGCAAAAUCAAGGGAGCUGCAGAACCACAAAAGUCGGAGGAAGCAGCUCUUCAGAUUGUGAUCGAACAUUUGUCCUUUCCUUGUUAGAGAAAUUGGCCAACGGUACUACAGAACAGCAAAGAGCUGCAGCUGGAGAAUUACGGUUACUAGCCAAGAGAAACGUGGAUAACAGAGUUUGUAUUGCUGAAGCUGGAGCCAUACCACUCCUUGUAGAGCUUCUAUCCUCACCAGAUCCUCGGACUCAGGAACAUUCUGUGACCGCUCUUCUCAAUCUUUCCAUAAAUGAAGGGAACAAAGGAGCCAUUGUUGAUGCAGGAGCCAUAACAGAUAUAGUAGAAGUACUAAAAAACGGAAGCAUGGAGGCUAGAGAGAACGCAGCUGCGACCCUUUUCAGUUUAUCUGUUAUAGAUGAAAACAAAGUGGCAAUAGGUGCUGCUGGAGCUAUCCAAGCACUUAUAAGCUUGCUCGAGGAAGGAACCCGAAGAGGCAAAAAAGACGCUGCAACAGCGAUUUUCAAUUUAUGCAUUUACCAGGGGAACAAAUCAAGGGCGGUUAAAGGCGGUAUUGUUGACCCUCUGACCAGAUUACUGAAAGAUGCAGGAGGAGGAAUGGUGGAUGAGGCUCUGGCCAUUUUGGCAAUUCUUUCAACUAACCAAGAAGGGAAAGCAGCGAUAGCUGAAGCAGAAUCAAUCCCAGUUUUGGUUGAGAUAAUAAGGACAGGGUCACCAAGGAACCGGGAAAAUGCUGCGGCAAUACUUUGGUAUUUAUGUAUUGGAAAUAUGGAAAGGCUAAAUGUAGCAAGAGAGGUUGGUGCAGAUGUAGCCUUGAAGGAACUUACUGAGAAUGGAACUGAUAGAGCAAAGAGGAAAGCUGCGAGCUUGUUGGAGCUCAUUCAGCAAACCGAAGGUGUUGCAGUACCUACUGUUCCAUGAAUGCCUCGAUCUUGUGGGAUGUUAUUUGUUUCAGUGUAGAUUAUAUGUACAGGAACCUUUGCAUUAAGUCUGACAAAGAAUCUUAUGUAAAGAUGUUAUGUGUAAUUUUCGACGCAGAUUUGUGUAUAUCUUAUUUGAUAUUUAAAAAUAAAAAUAACCCUUUUAU